CCUUCUCCCGCCAUUUUCCGCCGGCUCGUGGCAGGCCCCGCGCCCCGCGGGUGAGGCCUGCCGCCGCCGGGCCUGCAGGCGUCGGGCUCGCGCCCCGGAGAAGGCGGCUGGCAUGGACUGCGGGAACGGGGCUCGCGCCCGGCAACACGUGUUCCUGCUGCCAGAAUAUUUAAAAGAUGCUUCAAAGAAGAUGAAAAGUGGGCUUAUAUUUGUAAAAUUGGUUAACCCAUGUUCAGGGGAAGGAACCAUUUACUUGUUCAAUAUGUGUCAACAGCAGCUGUUUGAAAUAAAAGUUUUCAAGGAAAAACACCAUUCUUGGUUUAUAAAUCAAUCAGUCCAAUCAGGAGGUCUUCUCCACUUUGCCACACCCAUGGACCCUCUAUUUCUGCUUCUCCACUACCUCAGAAAGACUGGUAAAGAGGGAAAAUUCCAGCCCCUAAAUCAAGUUGUGGUGGAUGACAUGUUUCCAAAUUGCAUCUUGUUGCUGAAACUUCCUGAUCUCGAGAAGUUACUUCGACAUGUGACAGAGGAGAAAGAAAUAGACAAAAAGAAAUAUUACAAGUACAGCAAAGAGAAGACAAUAAAGUGGCUGGAAAAAAAGGUUCAUCAGACCGUAUCAGCCUUAAAAAUCAAUAACAUAAAUGUCAGUGCCCGGGUACAGGCAAAUGCAUUUUUCUCUGGGGACCAGGUUUCCAGUGACAAGGAAGAGGAUUAUAUUCGUUAUGCUCAUGGCCUGAUAUCUGAUUACAUCCCUAAAGAAUUAAGUGAUGACUUAGCGAAGUAUUUAAAGCUUCCAGAAACUUCAGCGUCAUUGCCAAACCCUCCGUCAAAGAAAGUAAAGUUAUCUGAUGAGCCUGUAGAAGCAAAAGAAGAUUACACUAAGUUUAACAGGAAAGAUUUGAAGACUGAAAAGGUGGCAGCACAAAGACAGAAAAGGGGCAAGUGACAGAGUGACAGCAGGUCCAACACAAAGCCGGGCUGCUUCUUCUGUAACUUAAGACACUCUCAAGGGGCUAAGAUUUUUUCUUCUGCACUUUCUAGAAAUUCUGCUUAUGCCAAAAGGUGUACUUUAAGGAACUAACCAGUAAAGAUUUACUUCUUUGAUUAACACCACUAGUGCAUGUGGGUAAUGAAUGGCCUUUUGUCCUUGAGGCCACUCUGUCAUGGAACUUGAAUGCACCCCCAGAAUGCCCAGAGUGUGAGAACCCAAGCCAUGUCACCCCUCGGCCCUGGCCUGUCUCCCAUGAUAUAGUAUCAUGGUUCUCAUUUCAAAACAGUGGGAGAGGAAGGUACAUGGUGAAAUGGGGGUCGUUUCUGAAACCUGACCCUGUUGGCUUGUGUCCCCUCUUGGGGCUAGAUGAGCGUGGGGUAGGUAUGUGUGCUAUCAAAACUUGAUUCCACAGUAAAAACUUUGACGAGCCAACUUCCUACCCUGACUUAAAAGAAAAAAGAAAAAGCCUGACUUUUCUUUACUCCUUAUCAGUUUGGCAGCUACUAAUUUAAAAUGAUACCUGGACAUGUACAUUUUACAAUCUGCUGGAGGUAUAAACACUGAUUCAUUUUUA